AUGAAUCGGUGCGCAAGUGGGAUAAAGGGCGUGCUGGAGACUCUCGCGAACAAACUCAAGCAACAAGAAGAGGAGAUCAAAGCUGAUGAGGCCGGAAAGCUCGAGUUUGAACGACGGUUAUCUCAGCUGAGGGAAAAGAAGAGAGAGAUCGAGAGUCGGAUAGAUGCAAACAUGAGGUGGACGGCCAGCUUCGACCAGGACCUGGGACCGUUUGCCAAGAUGUACAAGGCCAAGACAAAAGAGAUCGCCUCCAUUUACGACGACGCCAAAGCGCGCCACAGGGAGGGCGUCAAGGUUCUUGUCAACGAGUUUAACUAUCACCCGGAGUUCUUCCGGCCAAAAGACGGCUUUCAUGCGACACCAUUUGUACCCAAGUGA